CAAUUGACACGUCAACCCCACCAUCACUGUCCUUCAGCUCGCCAUCCUCACUCAUCGAUCCGGCUCAGUGGCUCUACACCACUUCUUUCGUUGCGAUGCUUCGCCUUCUCCUUCUUCUCUCGCUCCCGGUCGUCUUCUUCGCAUUCUCCGUCUCGCUCGAAACCCUUCAACAAUACCUCCCGUCCCUUCCCUUCGUCGCCGAUAAGCCGACAAUCUAUUGCUACGGCUCAAUCACAACUCUUGACAGCACCUCGCGCGAGUUCACUCCCGGCUGCCUCAGUGUCAACAGCGAUGGCACCUUCAACUCUCCAUUCUCCGCAACCGAGCCCCAAAUCCUGCGGCGCGGAUGGCCCGUAAACCUCUCGAAACACGUCAUCCCCGGCCUUUGGGACGGCCACGCUCAUCUUUUCCAGUACGGCGAAAUGCUCGGCACCGUGAAAGUCUACAACACGCACAGCAUUCCCGAGAUCCUCGAGCAGAUAUGCGACUACCACAUGCAGCACCCCACGUCUGGAACGAAGGGGAAUUGGAUCAAAGGCAAUGGCUGGGAUCAGUCACUCCUUCCGGACGGAAUGCCAAUGGCGAGUGAUCUGCCCGAGAGCCUGUAUGUCCUGCUGUAUCGGGUGGAUGUGCAUUGUAUCUGGGUUUCGCGGGCUGUGCUCGACUUGCUGGGCGAUGAGCCGCCGGUAUCGCCGCCCGGAGGGAGCAUUCCCUCUCCCGGUGUGUUUUGCGAUGAUGCGAUGGAUCUGGUCCUGCCGUUCGUCCCCUCGCCUACGCGUGAAGAGAAGAGAUUGUUUGUCAAGACGGCGCAGAAGAGUCUACACUCGUACGGAAUAGUGGGAAUGCACGACGCUGGCGUUGUCGUCGAUGACCGUGAAUUGUACGUGGAGAUGGCGGAGAAGGGUGAGCUGAAGCUGAGGGUGUACGCGAUGAUUCAAUGCCGGGCUCUGAACACCUUCUGCCCCGAGGAGGCGGAGAUGGUGAAGCGGGAGGAUGGCAUGGUGACUGUGGCUUCGGUAAAGCUGUUUGCUGAUGGUGCACUCGGAUCCUGGGGCGCCGCCCUGCUCGAGCCUUACUCCGACGAUCCCACUACGAACGGAACGAUGCUGCUCGCUCCUUCGGCUCUUACUGAGGUCACAUCGCAAUGGGCCCGUGCCGGCUACACGGUGUGCAUCCACGCCAUCGGCGACUUCGCGAACCGCGCGGCCAUCGCUGCCAUCUCCUCCGCCUCACCCUCCUCCGCCGGCUUCAGAAUCGAACACGCCCAGAUCAUCCACCCCGACGACCAGAAACGCUUGUUCUCCCUGAAGAUAAUCCCCAGCAUCCAGCCCACACACGCGACGAGCGAUCAGUUCUACGCGCUGGCGCGUCUGGGCGAGGAGCGAGUGCAGAAGAGCGCGUACCGGAUGAAGUCGUUUCUACCGUUGAAGCCAGUGCUCGGCAGUGACUUCCCCGUUGAGCCACCGAGCGUGCUGGCUGGUAUCUACGCCGCCGUGACCAGACGUGAUCCGAAAACGGGAAAGAGUGUAGGCGGUGGGGGCGGAUGGCACACGGAUGAAGUGCUAACCAUUGGGGAAGCGUUGAGGGGUUUUACAAGGAACGUCGCUGCAGCUGCUGGCAUGAAGAAAGCGGGCAAGAUUGAAGGGGGGGCCUGGGCAGAUUGGGUGGUGCUCGACAAGAGGUUGGAGGAGUCCAAACAGGGGUGGGAGUGGUUGAGAGACGAGACCGCCGUGAAGGAGACCUGGGUUGCCGGAAAGAGGGUGUUUAUGAGGGGCGACGAAACGAAGAGUUAGGUGCUUAGCAUAGAUCAUGGGGUACACUCGGGUUUCAUGUCGACCGUUAGCAGUCCACACACGACGUCUCUAGUUAUUUGCCUACGCAGAAUGUGGCAGCAACCUCAUCAAGAGUUGCUACCGGUAACACCAGAAGUAGGUUCAAAUCCGCUAUUGCCCGCGCGGCAGCUCAAGAGUGAUACUAUGCCCGUACAUACAUAAGAAUGACUGGCUUUCCCGCCUCUCGCUGAUGCAUUUGAACAAUAUACUUGGAUCACGG